AUGGCCAAGGCACUGGCUCAGGUGGCAGCAAGGAACGAGGUGGAGCUGACCCAGAAGCUGCUCAGCUUCAACAGAGAGCUGGGAGCCAAACAGGAGGAGAUCAGGGCCUUGAGGAAGCAGGUGAUGGAGAAGGUCAAGCAGAUCUUGGAGGAAAACCAACAAAGCUGUGUGAGAGAGAAGCAGCUGCAAGAGGAGCUGAGCUCCAGGCUCUCCAAGGAAAAGGAGGUGUCUGCAAGUGUUGAGGUGUUGGAGAAAUCCCUGCGUGAGCUCCAGGUGUCCCUGGGGAGCUCCUGCAGCAGCCUCAGCCUGCGAGGGGCCCUGGGGGGGCUGGGGGCAGUGAGCCUGGACCCCUCCAUCUCAGCCAUCAGGGACCUGGUGGUGCAAGUGGCAGAUGUUCCCCUGGCCUGGCUGGAGGGCUUGGAGAAGCUCCUGGCCAGUGCUGGGAUGGACCCACACGCCUCUGGCAAAGAGCAGGAGGCUGUUGGCUUUUCAGGGGUGUUGGCUUCUCUGGGGACCUUGUUGGAAGAGAAUCAGGAAAGCACUCAGAGGAACCAGGUGUUGCAGGACCAGCUGCAGAGGGUGCAGGGCUCUCAGGAGGUUUUGCUGCAGGAGCUGGAAGCGAAACACGAGCGAGACCUGAGGAGGAAACUCCAGGAAAUCGUCUUGGAAAAGGACAAGGAGCACCAAGAGAUCCUGGAGAGCACUCUUGCCAAGGAGAAGGACAAGUGCAAGCAAUCCCUGGAGGAAGAACAGAAGAAGGUCCAAGACCUGGAGAACCACCUGAGAAGCAUGGCUGAGGUGGUGGAGAGGAAGGCAAAGGAGCAGGAGGCUUCAGCUUGGAAGCUGGAAGAAGCCCUGCACAAGCUGGAAGAAGCCACCAGGCAAGAGAUCACCCUGCAGCAGAAGGUUCUUGUGGGACAGGAGCAGCUCAAGACCAUCCAGGAGGAGAAAGAGCUUCAGAGGCAGGAGCUGCAGGAAGAAAUAAUGGGAUACAAGGAGCAAAACAAGCAGCAUUCCCUGACAAUUGUGGCUUUGGAGGACAGGCUGCUGGAGGCCAAGCAACAGCUGAAGGUGCUGGAGGAGGAAAAGGCAGAGCUGGUGGAGAAAAUGGAAGGUUUUGGGGAUGAUGCCAUCAAGUCAACAUCAGGAACCCAGCUGGAGGAUUGUCCUGCCACAGAGUCACACAGUUGUCUGAGGGAAUUCCAGGAGGAGCUGGCAGCAGCACAGAACAUGCUCCUGUCCAAGGAGGCCAUCAUUGCUGGGAUGGCCAAGGAGCUCAUGGAAACCAGAGCCAGGAUGUCAGACAUGAGAGGGGAGCUGAGCGAGGAGCAGAAGGUGGAACUGGAGAGGAGCCAGAGGCAGGUGAAAUGCCAGGAGCAGGAGCUGAACCUGCUGAGGGGGAAGCUGGCCCAGAUGUCCAGCCUGGUGGAGAAGAAGGAGGGAGCCCUGCAAGCAGCAGCAGAAGAGCUGAGGCAGGUCCAAGCCCACUGCCAGGCACUGAGGGAUGCUGCCCAGGAGAGGGUGGAGAAGCCAGGAGGUGUUCCUGGAAUGCUGGGGCAGGAGGGUGAAGUCUCUGAGAGGGAGCCAGAGUUGGGGUUGGCCAAGCUCGGGGCCAAGUGCUUGGGGCUCAGGCAUGAGGAAACCAUCCAGCACCAGAGGGAAGGUCUGGCCGAGCUCCGGGAGAGGGUCAAGGUGCUGGAGAAGAGGCAGUGCUCAGCUGCUGUGGUGAAGGGUUCAGAGCCACUGGUGCUCCUGGUGAAAGGCUUAGCAGGGAGAACAGGCCAGGGAACAGGUCUUGGGAAGGAGCCUGCACCCGUGCUGGGGACAGAACUGGAGGCUGGCAAGGUUCCUGGGCAUGUUCCUGCUGGGGGCUCACACUGGACAGGGAGCUCGGAGGUGGCUGGUGGGCUGGACCCUGGGGAGAAGAUGUACCUUGACAUCCUUGGUGCUCUGGGAAGGCUGAUGGAGGUGAAGGAGCUGGCAGGGAUGCAGUCUCUGAAGCAGCUGCCUCAGGAGGAGAGGGAAAAAGUGGGAUUGCAGAGAUGGAAGGACCUGGAGCUGCUGUACGAGAAGAUCAGGAACCUCAAGAGUCGCCUGGAGAGAAAAGAAGAAAUGCUGAAGGGUCACAAGGCCAGGGUGGAGCAGCUCAGGCUGAGCCAAGAGUCCCUGCGAAGGUGCCAGGAGGAGAUGUCCAAGCUUGAAGAUGAAGCCUACAGGGAGGCAGAAGAGAAGGCUCUGCUGAAGGAGGCCCUGGAGAGGACACAGCUCCAGCUGAGCCAGGAGAAGAGGCUGCUGAAAGCAGCCAGAGUGCACAAGCCUGGAGCCAAGAAGCCUUUCUGCUCGGGGAAGCUGAAGGCCAAGGAGUGCCCAGCAGAAGCUGCCAAGAUGGGAAGCACGUACGACGCAGGAAAGGAUGGUUUCAUUGACCUGAUGGAGCUGAAGCUGAUGAUGGAGAAGCUGGGGGCACCACAGACACACCUGGGCCUGAAGAACAUGAUCAAGGAAGUGGAUGAAGACCUGGACAGCAAGCUCAGCUUCCGGGAGGUGAGGAGAUAGGUGGGUCCUUGGUGGCAGCAGGGGGUGAUGGCAGCAACNCGCCUCUCCGAGAUUGAUGUCUCCACGGAGGGGGUGAAAGGUGCCAAGAACUUCUUUGAGGCCAAGGCUCAGGCCAUCCACGAAUCCAGCCGCUUUGAGGAGGAGAUCAAGGCAGAGCAGGAGGAGAAGAAGAAGCAGGCUGAGGAGCUGAAGCAGAGGAAGGCAGCCUUCAAGGAGCUGCAAUCCACCUUCAAGCAGUGA